CAAUAAUGGACUUUUAGGUGUUUAUAAUAUAAAUAGUCGUACGCCAGCGAUGGUCGCCUGUUUUCCCGGCAAUGGAUCUCGUUUCAUGAAACACGCCGACAACUAUUCAGGUGACGGCCGUUGCAUAACAUGUAUAUACUAUGUCAAUAAGGAGUGGCAUUAUUUGAGUGACGGCGGGUGUUUGCGUAUAUAUCCGACCCAAAUGUCGCAAAACGUGCCGUACGUAGACGUGGAGCCCGUGAGAGACCGUUUGGUGCUAUUCUGGUCCGACCGGCGAAACCUACACGAAGUGAUGCCAACAAACAAAUACCGGUUUGCGGUCACCGUCUGGUACUUCGACGACGAAGAGAGACGACAUUACAAACACACCAAUCGAUUGCACAAUAAUUUAUGAUCAAAAACAGAGUUUGUGUGAAAGAAACAAAUAAUGUGUAUUUAAUGACAAUUUUGUAAUGUAUUUUAUUUAAGAAUAAUAUUAUUCAACAUAUAUUUCUUGUGUAAUCGCAU